AUAAGUGGGAUACGCAGUCCCCUACAUAACCCUCAUUUCUUCUCACUUUACUUUUCUCUUUCAUUUUUAAUCUCUUCUAAAUCAAUCUGGGCACUCUGAAUCGAUCGCCGAUUCUAUCCAUGGAUCAAGAGAGAAAGCAGGGCAAUUUUAUUCAAACAAGUUCUACUGCCGCUGCCGAUUUAGUCACCCUUGUUAGCUCCCUGCCUCCAGAAAUGAUUACGGAAAUCUUAAGCAGACUUCCAGUCAAAUCACUUCUCCAAUGCAGGUGCGUUUCCAUAUCUUGGAAUGCUUUGAUCGCUAAUCCCAUAUUCGUGAAGAAGCAUCUCAAAGCUUCCCAGAAUCAAGCACAACUUCUUAUGAGACGGGUUUUAGAUUGUGAUGUGAAAUCCUAUUAUAUCUCAGAUAUUCUGAAUGAAGAAUGUCCUAUUGCACAUUCAUUAGAUUUUUCAAUCAUACCCUCAAAUUCUGAUCUAUGUAUGACUGAAAUAUGGAUUAUGGGUUCCUGUAAUGGGUUGGUAUGUGUAGCUAUAGAUGAAGUUGAGAUACUUUUGUGGAACCCAUCCAUUAGGAAAUCCAAGACACUGCCUAGUUGCGGCCUUAAAAAGCGUACAAGUCUGUCCAUUCCAAGUCAGUUCUUUGCAUAUGGGUUUGGCUAUGAUGAACGUAAUUCCGACUAUAAGGUGAUAGUUAUUAAGUCUAAUUCAAAAAAAUUCACUGGCCCUUUCUCAAAUGAAAUAAAGAUUUACGGGUUGAAGAGUGGUUCAUGGAGGAAGGUUAAGAAUUACCCUCAAUUCUGUCCAUUGGGUGAGAGGGGCAUGUUUGUGAGUGGAUCACUUCACUGGGGAGCAAGUAUGGAAACGGGGAUAAAUAAUUAUCAGGGUAUCCUCACUUUCGAUUUGACAGAAGAAACUUUUUCUGAAAUAUCACAACCAUGUUUUGGGGAAGGAAUUUUGGAUUCAUUGGUAGGAGUUUUAAGUGGAUGCCUCUGUAUGCUGUUUAACUAUGGUGGGAAGAAAUUUGACUUAUGGAUUAUGAAAGAUUAUGGAAAAACUGAGUCUUGGACUAAGUUGUUUUCAUUACCCUUUCCAAACCGAAUUGAUUUCCACAGUUUUACACCAUUGUAUAUUUCCAAGAAAAAUGAAAUCCUUAUGCAGCUUGGAAAACAAUUGGUGUUGUUUAAUCUGGAGAAUAAAGUGGUCACAAUUUCUUAUCCAGGCAUUAAAAAUGUAGACAAUCAUUUCAUUGAAGCUCUCACUUAUACUGAGAGUCUAGUCUGGCCUUUUCCUGAAUGAUGUCAUCAACAAC